AUGCAUCGACUAGCCCGUGAAAGAAUUGAAGGUGCUGCUGCUUACGAGGAAAUCAGGAGAGACUUGCAAGAAUGGGCACCAGUUGUGAAGAAAAAUCGGCUAGCUGAGCAGCUUGUUUUUCCACUCGAAAGCGAUCCACCAAUGGAGCAAUCAAUAUCGGAAAAAUUGCUAUUUUUCAAGGUCUGA